UUGAGGAGGACACCCGAGGAGAUGACUAUACGGCCUCCUAGCUUUCCCCAGGCUGCGCCCUGCACGGGCCGGGGGCCGGCGGGGACCCCCGGGACCUGCCCUCUGGCCUUGCCCCUGCAACCCUCCCCCCUCCGCUCCUCCCGGAAAUCCGCUGGGGGUCAUGUCUCUGAGCUCCUCCCGGGCCUGGAGACUUCUGGGUUCCCUGUCCCUGAUGUCCUGGGGGCUCCGGGACUGCUUCUGUUGGCCUGCCUGGGGCUGCCUUCUGCCCCCUGGUGCUCACAAGGUCUCUGCCCAUCUCCACCUUGCCCAAUGCCUGCCUGCCCCCGUGCCCGGGCCUGCUGGGGCCACCGAACACCGCACUGCCGGCCUCUGGGUCCCUGAGACCCUUUAACCUGUGAGGACAUCCAGGGUCACAGGUGAGGUUCUUGGGAGCCUGGCGCCCGGCUCAGCCACAAAGCCCUCUGACCUCAGGCCACAGGCCCCUCCCCCCCUGCAGUGACAUCACAGAGGUCACCAGAUUCUGUGCAGGAUGGCCGCCCGGGUCCUCGCUGCCUUGCUGGCCCUCGGCGUGCCGGCGGGGGCCUGUCUGCUCUGUUUUACCACCUACAGCCAGCGCCUCCGCCUCUGCCACAUGUUUGCCGGGAGGCCGGGCCCCGAGAUCGACAAGUGCGAGGCGGCCUUCACGGCUGCCUUUAAGACGCUCUCAGACGUGGAGAUCAGUGAGGACUGCCCAGGGGGAGGGAGAGGGAGACCUGGGCCCCCGGGAGGGGCGUGGGGACGCACAGAGGCCGGGAGAUGGAGCCCCUGCCCGCCCCGCCCUCCCCCAGACUAUGAUGAGAAAAGCCACCUCCAUGACACGUUCACCCAGAUGACCCACUCCCUCCAGGAGCUGGCCGCCGCCCGGGGCUCUUACAGGAUUGGCUUUGCUGGUGCAGCUAGGAAAAUGAAAAAUGCCAUUUUACAGCUUAAACAAGCCCAGGCCUGCAUCCCUCCGUGCGGCCUCCAGGACUUCGCCCGGCUUUUCCGCUGCCGCGGGUGCUACUCGCGCGAUUGCGACCUCCCUCUGGACUGCCCAGUUCGAGACGUGAUGGUGCCUCGCGGGGAUCAGGCCAUGUUCCCUUGCGUCGUGAACUAUCAGCUGCCCCAGGAGGAGAUCGCCUACUCCUGGAAGUUCGCGGAAGGUCUCCGCACUCAGGACGUGAACUACUUCCGAGACGUGCCGGGGGCGCACGGGUACCUGGCGCGGAUCCGGCCGGUGCAGUCCAAGCACAGCGGGACCUUCUCCUGCGUGAUUAAGCAAGACCAGCGCCUGCUGGCGCGGCUCUACUUCUUCCUCAAUGUGACCGGCCCGCCCCCGCGCGCCGAGACCGAGCUGCAGGUCACGUUCCGCGAGGUGCUGCGCUGGGCCCCGCGGGACGCCGAGCUGCUGGAGCCCUGGGCGCCCAGCCUGGGCGAGCUGCUGGCCAGCCCCGAGGCCCUGACCCUGAGCAACCUGUGCCUGCUCGCGGCCGUGGCGGCCGUGGCAGCCGCGAGCGCGACCCUGCUGGCGUGGGUGUUCAUUCGGUGGUACCUAAGCGGCAGCUGACAAAGGUCUCUGUUUCUGCCCCCCGAAUAAACGAUAUGUUUUAGCUCCAGAUUCCUUUCUCUGGAGGUGGUGGCUGCAAGGCCAUGGCUGUGCCCGGGCGGGGGCUGGGGGCGGGAGUCCAGGCGGCGCCCCAAGACCCGCCUGCCAUCGGGAGCAACCAGAGAGUCCUGGUUAAUUCCUCCUGCUCCACCAAGCCCGAGCCCUUGCGAUGCGGCCGCCCUCCCUCC